CGUUGUUUAGGAGUGCAAGGGCGAAUUUAGUUAUUGCACAACCGCACUUUACAGAGUAGGCAUCGUUCCCUAACGGAAAUAUGCAAAUACGUGCAAAUACAUGCCCCAAUAGUAUCUCGCUUGCUCGUGCUUGGUUGUUUCCUUCAGUCGGAUUACUUUCACUUUUGUUUAUAGAGCGUAGGCAAGUCAAGGACACAGAAAUAAUAUUUUAUGUAAAAGUGAAUUGAAUGAAAGAUGAGCUACGAUCGUGCCAUCACAGUGUUCUCACCUGAUGACCACUUAUUCCAGGUGGACUACGCACAGGAGGCGGUCAAAAAAGGUUCAACUGCUGUUGGAGUGCGAGGGGAAAAUGUUGUUGUUCUAGGAGUGGAGAAGAAAACUGUUGCCAAGCUCCAAGAAGACAGGACAGUGUGCAAAAUCUGCUCCUUGGAUGACAAUGUCUUCAUGGCCUUUGCAGGAUUGACCGCAGAUGCCAGGAUCAUUGUUAACAGGGCCAGGGUGGAGUGUCAGAGUCACAGGCUCACAGUAGAAGACCCUGCGACAGUAGAGUACAUCACACGCUACAUCUCCAGCAUAAAACAGGUACCACCCACCCACCGACCCAUCCACCCCCACGGAUACAUCAUUUCUAUAUAUUCCAACUUUCAGCGCUACACCCAAAGCAAUGGGCGAAGGCCCUUUGGCAUCUCCUCCCUCAUUGUGGGGUUUGAUUUCGAUGGAACACCCCAUCUGUACCAAACAGACCCCUCAGGAACAUACCAUGCCUGGAAGGCAAAUGCCAUUGGAAGAUCUGCCAAGACUGUUCGGGAGUUUCUAGAGAAGAACUAUAAAGAGGAUAUGGAGUCCGAUACAGACACCAUUAAGCUUGCCAUCAGAGCGCUACUUGAGGUUGUCCAGUCAGGGGGAAAGAACAUUGAGCUAGCCAUUAUGAAGCGGGAUGAAUCAAUGAAGAUUCUGGUCCAAGAGGAAAAAGAGGAAUAUGUCACGGCUAUUGAAACAGAGAAAGCAGAGAAACCAUGAACACUUUGACCAGUCAUGACAAAAACAAACAUGUGGCUUUGUCCAUCAAUAUUGCAUCAGGAAUCUCAUCGUUUACAUGAAUUCUCAUUGUUUCUCCAGCCAUUGCUGGAGGGACCCCCAAGGAUUGCAUAUUUUUAUUCUAGUCCGGCAUAAACACCUGAUUUGACUAAUCAGCAGGCUCUUGUUUGGUUGAAUCAGGUAGGCUAUGGUAGUGCUGGUAGACUCCAGUGCUCACAAGGUACUGGGUGUUAAGACUAAAACAAAAUGCUCCCACCCUGGGAGUCCCAAUGGAAUGGAUUGAGAAACACUGCUGCCCUAAUGGAUCACAUGCAAUCUUAAGAUUUUACCUUAUUCUUGCAAUGAAAAAUAUCUGCAUUUAAAAACUACAACAUCCACCUAGUAUCAUUGAACAGAGAACAAGUGAAUAAGCAAUUUCCCAUGUUUAUUAGAUUUGUAACAAUUGAACACUUAUUUUCUCAAAAUGAUAGAAAACAAACCAAUACAUGGGAAUUCAAUAUUUUUGGCAGACAUGGUCUGUUUUAAUUAAGUUAGGUAUAAUUAUAUUAAGUAAUAUUUACAAUACCAUGAAGUAGUUUACCCUCACCAGUUUCAUCUUCAAAUUGAUCCCUUGAAUAGUUUAGGAAGUUUGCAUGUCAUCCAUUUAUCAGAAUACAGAAAAGAAUGAAAAGCACAAGCAAAUUCAAAACAAUGUCAAAAGCCAAAAUGUACCUUAGGCUCAAAGAAAAUAAAGAAAAAGCAAUGCAUUUCACUUCUCAUAUACUUAUUCAGGUGUGGGGUCCCAAGAGUCAAAAUAAAUUCUCAUUACAAAACACUUCAUGAUGGCAGAGAAAAAUAAUGGAAUGCAAAAUGUUACAUUUUGGUUAACUACAAAAACAAAAGUACAUACACAACCAACCACUUCGUGGCAAUUCAUGCACAAGGUAACCCAAGCGUCAAACGAGGCCUGCAGGGUAAAAAAAAAAAAAA